AUGGCCCCGAGCGCGCGGCCCGCGCUCGCGCUCCUGCUGCUUCUGGCCGCGGGCGUGGGAGGCCAGGAGCAGGACCAGACCACCGACUGGAGGGCCACGCUGAAGACCAUCCGGAAUGGCAUCCACAAGAUCGACACGUACCUGGACGCCGCCCUGGACCUGCUGGGCGGCGAGGACGGGCUCUGCCAGUACAAGUGCAGCGACGGAUCGAAGCCUGUUCCACGCUAUGGAUAUAAACCAUCCCCACCAAAUGGCUGUGGCUCUCCAUCGUUUGGUGCUCAUUGCUGCAACCAGCAGGACAGGUGCUAUGAGACCUGCGGUAAGAGCAAGAAUGACUGCGAUGAGGAGUUCCAGUACUGCCUCUCCAGGAUCUGCCGAGACGUACAGAAGACCCUGGGGCUUGCCCAAAACGUUCAGGCAUGUGAAACCACAGUGGAGCUCUCGUUCGACAGUGUCAUACAUCUAGGCUGUAAGCCGUACCUGGACAGCCAGCGAGCCGCAUGUUGGUGUCGUUAUGAAGAAAAAACAGAUCUUUAGAGAUCCUGACAGCUGUUGGACAAACAAGGACAGAAGGAUAUGAUGUUUGCCAAAAACUGAUGUUUUCACAGCAUAAAGCUGCCUUCUUUUGGGGAAGGGUCAUUUUAAGACUUUAAACGAAUGUAUUUUGUCUUUAAAACCUCAAAAGUUUAAGAAAAGUGGGCGGCGGGGAAGGGGUCGUAGCUUUCGUCCUGGGUGUUGCUGUCUCAGUGCCAUGUUGUCUUGACUAAUCUCAAAACAGGUGUGUUAAGGGGAAGAAAAAGUGUGAAAAAUAAUAUAUCUCAGUGUUCACAACCAGACUUUUAAAAAAGUGAGACCAAAUACAAAAUUCAUUGUAAGGUUUAUUUGGCGUUGACUUGUUU